AUGACGGAUGGCACAGGCAAUCAUUCUAAACAGACACGGGAUGAUCGCUUCAUCACAGAACGGGACAUCAAGUUUAGGGAGAAUUGUCCACAGGAUCGGGAAGAAUUGGGUCACAAUACCUGGCCUUUCCUUCAUACGCUGGCCUCCUAUUACCUGGACAUGCCCAGGCCAGAACAACAGCAGGAUAUGGCCCAGUUCAUGCAUAUAUUUUCCAAGUUUUACCCCUGCGAGGAGUGUGCAGAAGACAUAAGGAAGAGGAAAGGCAGGAGCCAGCCAGACACAAGCACUAGAGUGUCCUUCAGCCAGUGGCUGUGCUGCCUGCAUAGUGAGGUGAACCGGAAGCUGGGCAAGCCUGAUUUUGACUGCUCAAAAAUUGACGAGCUAUGGCGUGAAGGCUGGAAGGAUGGCUCCUGUGACUAA